GUGUUUGAGGGUGAUCGUCAGUUUUUCCCAUCUAGCCCAACAUUAUUAUCAUUCCAAGGUCCUCCUCGGUCCGUGCUGACGUGCAGAGUAAUCUUUCCAGCCAGGUGGAGUGCAAGUGAAAAUCGAAGGGCAGCCAUUUGUGUGGCAAAGUGUGAAAAGCGAGUCCUGAAAUUCGGUGUGCUGUUGAGAUUGCCGGCUGCCGGCGAGGAAACCAUUUUUGGUAAAUCCUACGAGUGAUAGUGUGAAACAGCGCUAAGCCAAACCAGAUCUCGAAGAGUGUAUUUUGCGUUGAGUAAGCAGGGGUAGCAGCAGAAGCAGCAGAAUGGGUAAGGAGAAGACUCAUAUUAACAUUGUGGUCAUCGGACAUGUUGAUUCCGGCAAGUCCACCACCACUGGCCAUCUGAUCUACAAGUGCGGUGGUAUUGAUAAGCGUACCAUCGAGAAGUUCGAGAAAGAGGCCCAGGAGAUGGGCAAAGGUUCAUUCAAGUACGCAUGGGUAUUGGAUAAACUGAAGGCUGAACGUGAGCGUGGUAUCACCAUUGAUAUCGCAUUGUGGAAGUUCGAAACCGCCAAGUACUAUGUAACCAUCAUCGAUGCCCCUGGACAUCGUGAUUUCAUCAAGAACAUGAUUACCGGAACAUCGCAAGCUGAUUGCGCCGUGUUGAUCGUUGCCGCUGGUACUGGCGAGUUCGAAGCUGGUAUUUCGAAGAACGGCCAAACCCGUGAGCAUGCUCUGCUAGCCUUCACGCUCGGUGUCAAGCAACUGAUCGUUGGUGUAAACAAGAUGGAUUCUACUGAGCCACCGUACCAUGAGGCUCGUUACGAGGAAAUUAAGAAGGAAGUCUCUUCCUACAUCAAGAAGAUCGGUUAUAACCCAUUGUCGGUUGCCUUCGUACCUAUUUCUGGUUGGCACGGCGAUAACAUGCUCGAACCAUCGGAUAAGAUGCCAUGGUUCAAGGGAUGGGCCGUUGAGCGCAAGGAAGGCAAGGCUGAGGGCAAGACCCUCAUCGAAGCCUUGGACAACAUUCUGCCCCCGUCGCGUCCCACCGAUAAGCCUCUCCGUUUGCCACUCCAGGAUGUGUACAAAAUUGGUGGUAUCGGUACGGUUCCGGUGGGUCGUGUUGAGACCGGUAUCCUGAAGCCAGGUAUGGUGGUCGUGUUUGCCCCGGUCAACAUCACCACUGAGGUCAAGUCAGUCGAGAUGCAUCAUGAAGCGCUGUCGGAGGCUCUUCCCGGUGACAACGUUGGCUUCAACGUAAAGAACGUCUCCGUCAAGGAGUUGCGCCGUGGUUACGUUGCUGGCGACUCUAAGGCUAGCCCACCGAAGGGAGCGGCCGAUUUCACCGCUCAGGUUAUCGUCCUUAAUCACCCGGGCCAGAUCGCCAACGGGUACACCCCGGUACUCGAUUGUCACACUGCUCACAUCGCGUGCAAGUUCGCUGAGAUCAAGGAAAAGUGUGACCGUCGCUCCGGCAAAGUCACCGAAGAGAAUCCCAAGUCCAUCAAAUCUGGCGAUGCCGCCAUCGUCAAUCUGGUGCCAAGCAAGCCGUUGUGCGUCGAGAGUUUCCAGGAGUUCCCACCGCUGGGACGUUUUGCUGUGCGCGACAUGCGUCAAACCGUCGCCGUUGGCGUCAUUAAAUCGGUCAACUUUAAAGAGGCAACCGGUGGUAAAGUAACCAAAGCCGCCGAGAAGGCCCAGAAGAAGAAAUAACUAGAGACACCGGAACACUCGAACACAGUAGCGGCAGCGACCAGCACUGCUAGCAGCAACAACAGCAACACUACUAUUACUACUAAUAAACCCAAACAAUUCUCAACAUUGUUAUUAUUGAAUAAUGAUGAUCGAAUACAGACUUUUAUUGAGUGUGCAAUCCAGUCGGUUGCCAUCAAUAGAAAUCAUCCAUUAUUAUUAAAUAAUAAUUUAAGAAGUAAUAUUAAUCAUAAACUACAACUUAAUAAUAAUCGUAAUUAUUUAAAGAAAACCACAGAGAUAAAAAUUCAGGCCGGCUGGUGCAUAGAAUAUUUUAUUGGUAAAAUUGCAAGUGAAAUCACGGCAGCAGCUACAACAACAACCACGCGAUCAUCAUCAUCUUCAUCUCCCUCACAACCACUUUUAAUGACCUAUUUUAACCAAUUGAGUGUAUCAUGCCUAUCAUCAGUCCUCUCCCCCAGCAGCAGCAGCAACGAUUACUCUUCACCAUCACCGUCAUCUGCAAAUAAGACUAAUUUAUUUUACCACCAUAGAAAAGCAUUUCGAAGGAAAGAAGACAACUGUCUACUGGAACUAUUCGUCAUCAUUACCAUCACCUCUAUCGCUAUUGAGUAUCUUCUAUUUGCUACCAAAAACGCUCUGCUUCUCACACUCACACCCUCUAGUUUAGUUGGUUCUACUAAUUUUUUGACCGCUUGGUCAUGAUAAGAUCGAUUAAGACACCUAAUACCAAAGAGUUGGGAAAGACUUUAAUAAAUCACCUGUGUAGAAGUUAAAUUUAGUUUGAAAAGACAUUUUUGUUUGGUUUACCAUACGCUAUACGAAGAAGGCAAAUGUUUAAUAAAUUGUUGAUCAACAGAGAGGAAUACAAAUAUUAUUGGCUGAUUCUACAAACUAUUUGUGAUAUUAAAUAUGCUGUGUUUUUCGAAACUAAUUUUCUCAAAUACCGAUGUGUUAAGACGAACAUAAAGUAACUUAUGCUGCUAGAUGUGGCUUGUUAUUUCGUAAAUUCUCCACGAACGCAACUGUCCUCGAUCACGAUCAUCUUGCGCACUAUUGCAUUGCAUUAUUCCAUUGGAAAAUUGAAAAAAAACACUUGGGAGAAAGUGAGCUGGCUGCUAGUGGAUAGCUAUCACCGAACCAGAAAUUUCAGGCGAGCGAAUAUAAAACUGUGUACCUUGUUCAGCUCUGUCCCAUGCCUCAGAUACGUCAGCAGCAUUCGGAGCGAUCAUGAAAGAUGUCUGCUCUCACUUGCAUACUGGUAAAAAAAACAUCUAUAAACCACCCGCUAUAACACACACAUUAACACAUAUAAUGACCUACAAUCCUUUUGCAUUGACAAAGAAUAAGAUGGAAAUUACCAAUAAAAAAAUAAAUUGAAUCUGAAUGUAGCAAUAUGCAAGCAUAUUUAUGGUGAAAACGUAAUGACAUAAAAAUGGGAUAAAUGGCCAAUAAAAUCAAGGCGAGGCUUGAA